AUGUCGACCGAUGAUUGGAUGCAAGAACUGGACAAAAUGUUGACGAACAUUGAACGCCAGGCGAUGUCUUCACUACGAAAUAUUAAUAACUAUUUCGAACAAUCUGGUCAAUCGUUCCACCAAGCACAUCAGAAAUAUUGUCUACAGCGCUCAACUGACAGAUUAAAUGAAGUUUAUUCCAAAUUUGAAUGUGAAUCGUCGUUCAGUAAUCGUCAAGGUAGAAGUGUCACUCCUAUUUCAACCGAAAAUGGCAACUCAAAUGCAAUUAUUGAAAUCAGCGAUGAUGAUAGUUCAGAUGAAAGGCCUGGCACCAGUUCGCUACCAUCCAGAGAGACUGCGUUUCGAAAUGUUGAUGGUGAGAUUAGAACCGAGGAUGAUCAUGAUGAGAGCGAUGAUCAGGCAGUUGGCGGGGAGAUACCCAAUGUGGAAACAAAAGAAGAAGAAUUGGAAAAUGAUGAGAUCCCGAUAGUUCGUGUUCCGGCCAACCAACUGACGCGUGCAUUUAAGCUAGAGCCAAACUGUUCUGAACGUGUCAAAAUCGAAAGUGACGAAGAUCAUAACAAAGAAAACAUUGAAAAUGAAGCGAAACGUGCACCAUCGAAUUCGUCGAAUAUUUUUGAUAAAAUUGAUGAGAUCAACGAGACAAAUGUACGUGAACCAUACAGGAAGAAAUCACGAGUAUCUCAGGAAAAAGUUGAUCGGAAAGAUGUAGGCCACGAAAUCACGAACGAAGCGAACAUUUCCGAAGCUGUUGUUGAAGUGAAUGUAGCUGGAAAUGUGAGAAGUGGUCAGUCGACACUUGAUAAGUGGAUUUCUCAAAAAAAUAAAUGUAAUGGAAACAAAGAGAAAUGCAAUAGAGGAAUCGCUGGUCAAACAAAGAAAAAGAAAAAGGACGUUCAGAGAUCCCACAAGAAGUUAGACAAAAACUUGAAAAUAUCUAGUAAUAGGAGAACUCACAGUGGAGAAAAACCAUACGAAUGUGGUCGGUGUAAGAAGCGAUUUAGUCGUAAGGAACAUCUCAAAACGCAUAUGAAGACUCAUAAGGAUAGUCUGUUCCACUGUUCAGGUUGUCAUCGCGGAUUUUCACAAAAUAUUGAGAAAGAAGCACAUGAAAGAGAGUGUAAACAACGUCGAUAUGAGUGCUAUCUUUGCAACAGUGAUGAAAAUAAGAAAAAGUUUGUUACGGUUUGUAAGAAUAAUCUUAAACGUCAUAUGAGAAUACACACUGGAGAAAAACCAUAUCAAUGUGAUCACUGUAAGAAGCGAUUUACACAAAAGAGUGAUCUCACUGUGCAUAUUCGAACUCACACCGGAGAAGAACCAUAUCAAUGUGAUCAGUGUCAAUCGUUCCACCAAGCACAUCAGAAAUAUUGUCUACAUCGCUCAACUGACAGAUUAAAUGAAGUAUAUUCCAGAUUUGAAUGUGAAUCGUCGUUCAUUAAACGUCAAGGUACAGGUGUCGCUCCAAUUUCAAACGAAAAUAACAACUCAAAUGCAAUUAUUGAAAUCAGCGAUGAUGAUAGUUCAGAUGAAAGGCCUGGCACCAGUUCGCUACCAUCCAGAGAAACUCGCUUUCGAAACGUUGAUCGUGAGAUUAAAACCGAAGAUGAUCAUAAUGAAAGCAAUGAACAAGCUUCUGUCGGGGAGAUACCCAAUGUGGAAACAAAAGAAGAAGAAGAAGAUUUGGAAAACGAAGAGAUUCCGAUAGUUCGUGUUCCGGCCAAUCAACUGACGCGUGCAUAUAAGAUAGAGUCAAACUGCUCUGAUCGUGUCAGAAUCGAAAGUGACGAAAAUCAUAACAAAGAAAACUUUGAAAAUGGAGCGAAGCGUGUACGAUCAAAUUCUGCGAAUAUUUUAGAUAAAAUUGGUGACAACAACGAGACAAAU